CGCAGUGGUGGUCAUGGUAUACUUUGAUUUAAACAUAGAGUCCGUUGACGUAAAUCAGCUGUUGUGAUGUCAUCUAAUCAGGAACUUGAAUAAAACCUAUAGUAGUGUCGCUUAUGCUUUCGAUUGGAUGACAUUGUACCAGCUGAUUAAACGUCAAAGUUCUCUGUAAUAAAUCGAAGUGUAGUUCGUCCACGCGUCGCAUUAGCAUGUCUAUAUUACGUCGUUCUCAACUUUCCUCACGAGUGUUGUGUCCACGAGUAUAUCUGCUCACAACUAGGCAGUGCUGUUCUGUUAUGGAAGAACGUUUCAUGAUACUAAAUAACAAACUGGUCCGAGACCCGGUAUAGAAAGAACUUUAAUUUAUAAAUAGGAGAGAUCUUGUUUUCCAAGGCCAGACUACUCGACUCCGUUCAGUCGAUGUAAGAAAGCGAGAGAUCGGCCGGCACUGCAGUUCGAGAAACAAGCGAUCAUUGGCUCGGUUAAUAAUUGACGUGUGCAGGACACGAGAUUGUAGGUCACCUUCGAAAAGCAUUAGAAACACGAUCGUUCUCGCAGUGUAGAUUGUUACGAAAUAUUUCAGACGAGAGCCACAAUGAUUCCAAGAUGUAUUCGCAGCUUGAGCACAAAAUCAACACAAAGGAAGUAUGGAACCUGGUUUCAAACUGGUAAGGAUGUUGCUGUUAGAAUGGUUCCGGAUUUCAUGGAAAUGUCAAUGAAAGCCUUGUCUUCUUUUUUUGGUUCUUCAAAAAAUACUUAUGCAACAGAAGCAACAUUUGAAACAAAGCCAUUUCGUCUACAUAAACUUCAAACUGGUCCGUCUCAAACUGUAACUGUUACACAGAAAGAAGCUCUGGAAUACUAUGCUCAAAUGACAACCAUUAGGAGGCUGGAAACAGCAGCUGGAAGUCUUUAUAAAGAGAAAAUCAUUCGAGGAUUCUGUCAUUUAUACUCUGGACAGUGCAGAAUGUGUGGUGUGGGUAUAGUGGAUAUAAAGCAGAAGCAUGUGCUGUGGUACAAGGCUGCUAUGCGUCCUAAUGAUGCUGUAAUUACAGCCUAUCGUGCUCAUGGCUGGACAUAUUUAAUGGGCAUUUCUGAACUUGGAGUACUGGCUGAACUCACAGGCAGAAUGUCUGGUUGUGCAAGAGGCAAAGGGGGUUCCAUGCAUAUGUAUGCCAAAAAUUUUUAUGGUGGAAAUGGGAUUGUUGGAGCCCAGGUUCCACUAGGUGUUGGAAUUGCAUUUGCCGCAAAAUACAAUGGCACUGAUGCAGUAUGUAUUACACUGUAUGGUGAUGGAGCUGCCAAUCAAGGCCAGGUUUUUGAAGUGUACAAUAUGGCAAAGUUGUGGGAUAUUCCUUGCAUAUUUGUAUGUGAAAAUAAUGGAUACGGAAUGGGUACAAGCAGUGAUAGAGCUGCUGCUAGUACAGACUAUUUUGCUCGUGGUGAUUAUAUUCCAGGGAUUUGGGUUGAUGGAAUGGAUAUUUUAGCGGUUCGUGAAGCAGCUCGCUAUGCAAUUAAUCACUGUGUGGGUGGAAAAGGUCCAAUUGUAUUAGAAACAGCCACUUACAGAUAUGGUGGUCACUCAAUGUCUGACCCAGGUACUAGCUAUCGCACAAGAGAAGAAAUUCAAGAAGUGCGACAGUCAAGAGACCCAAUAACUUCAUUUCGAGAAAAAAUUAUUUCUUCUGGCCUUGCUGAAGCAGAAGAAAUUAAGAAACUUGAAGCAAAAAUCCGAGCAACUGUAGAUGAAGCUGCGAAAAAAGCCAAAUCUGAUCCAGAAAUAGGAUUAGAAGAACUGGUAGCAGAUGUGUAUGCUAAUCCCUUAGAACCUACAGUUCGCGGUGUCACUCCAUGGGACAGAUUGAAGCAUAUAUCUGUUGGAAAACCACUAAACUUAUAAAUUUGUGAAUUUAUUUAGACUUUUCCAAUACAUCAUAAGUUAAUCAUUGUGUUGUUUUGAGCAUUCUAGAUCCCUGGGUGUUACAGAAGUUUUGCAUGCGUAAAUAUAUAUAAAAUGUGUGUGUGUGUGCGUGCAUGUGAGAGUGAGAGUGAUAGAUGUAUAUGUGUACAAUUUCUUCCCAGCUACAAAGCAUACAAUGCAUAUAUUAGUGAAUAAUUUAUAGCUCAGAAUGCAUUAUCAGCAACAUAACAUGAAAACAUUCCCUUUUUUUGGGUGAGUGUUUAUUUUUCAAAUGUUUUGGCAAUGGAAAAUAAUGACAAUGAAUCACAAAAUUGUAAUCGGUAAUAAGUUCAAUUUUCAGGCACUACUCUGGUUUCUAAUGACUAAAGCAAAGUUUUCUCAGAGUUAAUUAUCUAGUUGUUUGUUUAUUGUUUUUUUUUUCCUUUGACUACUAAAGUGUGUGUAAAAUCAAUUUAAUAAUUAUUGUGGCAUAAAUUAUGUUAUAUUUGCGUAAUAGAAAAUUAUACAUUUUAUUUCCUAUAACUUUUCUUGUGAGUUUUGAAUUUUCCUGCCUGCACCUGUUGGCGUUUUUCUCAAGGGCUCACAGGGCAGUAAUUUGGCUGCUUACUUUUUUUAAUACAGUGGUUUGCUGCAACUCUUGAUGUGGACUUUGGUGGAAGGGUUUUAUAAAACAUCUUUGUUAUAUCCAAAAAAGAACAGUGAUUUUUAAAACUGUUUUUUAUUACCACAAGCCAACAUGAGAUUCACUAAUACAGCCAGCUUCGAACAUACUCCAGGAGAUAUACCGGGGACGUUGCGAUGUUCACUGAUUCGCCGCAGGAAAAGUCAGAUUUCGUUAACCUUUCUGUAACACGCUUUACUAGCACUAUAACACCACUCCAGGCCGCCUUUCCACACUCUGACACUCGAGGAGCAAAUCU